AUGCUCGACGCGCCGCUCCUCAGCGAGCCGCAGGCGAGAAGUCGCCGCGUCUGGAUCGCCUCGCUCUGUCGCUCCAUCGGCCUGACUCAAGUCCUGACCGGCACAGUCGGCCUCGCCGGGCCGUUGUGCGGUAUGAUGGACGCGCCAACGCUGGUUGUCUUUGUCGUUAACGCGGUAGCGCUUCUCGUGCUCUCUGAGCAGCUCGCGGCAGCGGCGCUGCGCCUGGCCUCCCUUGCUGGAGACACCUACGGAGGACUCGUGACUGCGACGCUCUCCAACUCGGUCGAGUUCCUAAUCGCGGUGCUCGCGCUGCGGAAGCAGAUGCUGCGAUUCGUGCAGGUGACUCUGCUCGGCUCGGUCCUGUUCGGAAGCCUGCUCGUGCCGGGCGUCUCCUUCAUCGCUCGCGGGAUCAAGCACCUCUCCCACCUCAAGCAGAAGCACAACAAACACGCCGCAGGGAUGCACUCGAUGGUGCUGCUGCUCGCCGCCUUCUCGUACGGCGCGCACAACGCAGCGCCGCCGCCGCCGCCACCCUCGCCACCCUCGCCGCCGCCACCCUCGCCGCACACCACCAUCGCCAGCCUCCAACCCACGUCCUCAGGCGUGCCCGCCGCGUACAACGCGACCUCCGCCGCCUACGGCCGCUGCCGCACCUACUGCUACGAGAAGCACAUGCUGCCUCUCUCGCGUCUCGUCGCUGCGGUGCUGCUGCCGUGCUACGCGCUGAUGCUCGUCUGGUCGACAGUCACGCACGCGGAGCUGCUGCGGCGGAAGCGGGAGAGCGAGGCGGAGGAGGAGGAGGCGGACGUCGCCCUGCCGUCGGCGGUGGCGGGAGAGGCACGUCGCACCGUCUCCAGAGGCGGCGGCGGCGCCUCCUCGGCCCGUCCCGCGGAGGCGAGGCACGUCGUGCCGCGUAGGAGAGCCUCCGGGAGCGGAGGCGGGUGGCGCACGUCUCCGACGCCUCCUCGCAGCGGGACGAGCCCCACUCGGUGGCGCGCGCGCGUCUGCGCGGAGCAGCUCCUCGCCACUGUCGACCCGGCGGCGGCGGCGCUCGGCGUGACACGCCACUUCGUCGCCCUCGUCAUCAUCCCGCUCGUCGGCAACGUCGACACGCUCCUCGCUGCCACAAAGUGCGCCCUGCUCGGAAACACGGAGCUCGCGCUCGCGCUCGGGGUUGCGAUGGGCGUGCUCCCGCUGCUGGUGCUGCUCUGCUGGGCGGUGCUGCGGCUGCCCCUCACCGUCGACCUCCGCUCCUUCGAGGCGGCCGUCCUCGUCCUCUCGACCCUGGUCGCCACCGCAGUCGUGCGGCGCGCGCGCUCCACCUACCUCGAGGGCGUGCUGCUGCUCGGCGCCUACUGCAUCGUCGCAAUCUCGUACCUCUUCCGCUCCCGCGAGGAGGACGAGCUGGCGGAGCUGGCCGGCGAGGGGCCGCAGCUCGGCUGCGAGUGCGACAGCCCGUGCUGCGCGGGCCAGGGUGCACCGCACGGGGGGCAGACGUACGGAGGAGACUGA